AUGCCCGACUCGUUCUCAAAGAAAACACAGUCUGCCACAUCACCGACCGAAUUUCAAGAAGAUGGCGUCUUCGUUGCUCUCACACACGACACACUUGACGCCGUUGCUAUCAUGAAUAAAGUUCGAAGUCCGAAAGCUGGAGCUAUCGUGCUGUUUGCUGCAUAUGCUCCGCUCGCCAUCAGGACCAUGACCAAGAUCGCACGUGAGAUCAAGGAGAAGCACGGUUUAAAUGGCGUGGCAAUGAUCCAUCGUCUUGGUGUUGUUCCAAUUGCAGAAGAAAGCAUCCUGAUUGCCGUAUCGUCACCACAUCGCCAAGCAGCAUGGCGAGCUGGCGAGGAGGCACUCGAACUGACCAAGGAGAAAGUUGAAGUAUGGAAGCUCGAGGAGUUCGGCGGUGAGGAAGGCGGUGUGUGGAGAGCCAACAGAGAUGGCCAGGCAGGUGUGAAAAUCAGCGGUUGA